AGGACUCGUCCUUGAAAUAUGCUCACAACUGCUAUACUUAACAAGUAACAACAUACUAGAGCAUCCUGGAUUAAUAAAUAAUACGAUUUUUUUGUGAUGAGCAAAAAUUGCAAAAGGAUAUAGGAUGGGCCCACUUCUAUCAUCUUGAAAAAAGCACCAAGAUGCCCUGGUUGUCUAAUAACCAUUCAGCAGACGAUGCCCUCUUCUUGCUAUUUUUCCAGAUAGUUGCAGAGAAACACUUGCUCACUCAGCCCCAGCAAGGAUGAAGACACGCCACUUACUUAAUGAUCUGUGUCUAGUAGUGCUAGUGUUAGCCCUAGGUUGUGCAGCGGAGGAGGAUUCCACUUCCACCGCCAGCAUCAUCUUCACCACACUCGGCAGAGCCUCCUACGCCUUCGACAUCUAUUCCCUCCCAGUCCCAGUUCAGCAACAACAACAACAACCUCUCUCCCCAAGCCAAGAACUUCUACUCACCGAUGGCCACUCCGUUAAUUUCAACGGCCACUUCCUUUCCAAUAGUUCCGCUAUUCAACUACCCAAACACUCCCCUCCUCUCCAACUCGUUUACGUCACCGAGAGAAACGGCUACCCCACCAUAUUCUACGACGCCAUUUAUAGUUCUUCUAUGGUCUCAAACAGAAUCCAAAUCCCUCUCUUAUCCAACCACCUCAGCGACGCUUCCAUCAAAGACAAGCCCAGCGUCACCCCCGAUGGACAAUAUUUACUAUACGUGUCCAGCCACGAGAACCCGGGCGUUCCACGGGCCAGUUGGACCGCGGUUUACUCCACUCAGCUCGAGUCAGGCCUCACCCAAAGACUCACCCCUUACGGUGUCGCUGAUUUCAGCCCAUCCCUCUCUCCCUCUGGUCUCUGGACCGCUGUCGCUUCCUACGGGCCUCACGGUUGGGCCGGUGAAGUAGAAGAUCUCACCACUGACAUCUACGUCUUCCUCACUCACGACGGAACUCACCGAUUCAAAAUCGUUGAGCACGGUGGCUGGCCCACCUGGGUCGAUGAUCGCACUCUUUACUUCCACCGUCGAGGCCAAGACCACUGGUGGAGUAUUUACCGAGCCAUUCUCCCCUCCAACGCUCCUUUUUCAGUUGACUCGGUCUUCGUCGAACGAGUCACCCCACCGGGUCUCCACGCGUUCACACCCGCCACUUCCCCCGGCAACAACAACUUCAUCGCCGUCGCAACCAGAAGGCCAGGCUCCAAUUUUCGUCACAUCGAGCUAUUCGACCUCGCUAGUAACGAAUUCACUGAGCUGACUCGGUUGGUCUCGCCUAAUUCUCACCACCUCAACCCGUUCAUCUCGCCCGAUUCAACCCGGGUCGGUUACCAUAAAUGCAGAGGAGAACCCAACGCUCACAGUACCCCACAGUUUUUCCUCGAGAAUGUUCGGAGCCCCGUCCCCGGUCUAACUCUCUUCCGCUUCGUCGGUUCUUUCCCGGUUUUCUCCCCCUCCGGCGACCGAAUCGCGUACGUCGAGAUGCCCGGAGUUUAUGUCGUGAACCGGGACGGUUCGAACCUGCGUAAGGUUUCCAACGCGAUGGCGUUUUCAACCGCUUGGGACCGGGUUCGACCCGGUGUCAUCUACACCGCAAUUGGAGAAACAUUUGCUCCGGAGAGCUCGCAGGUUGACAUCGUGUCCAUCGACGUUGACCAUGAAAACAGUGUGAAGAGGUUGACCCUGGACGGAAAAAACAACGCGUUUCCGUCACCCUCGCCAGACGGUAAAUGGAUCGUGUUUCGGUCGGGUCGAUCGGGGCAUAAGAACCUUUACAUAAUGGACGCAGUUGAUGGUGAGAAGAAGGAGCUUCGAAGAUUAACGGAGGGUCCGUGGACUGAUACCAUGUGCAACUGGUCACCGGAUGGAGAAUGGAUCGCUUUUGCGUCGGACCGGCAUGACCCGGGUAGUGGGAGCUUCGAGAUCUACCUGAUCCACCCGAACGGAACCGGGUUGAGGAAACUGAUUCAAAGCGGGUCGGGUGGAAGAACAAACCACCCGUAUUUCAGCCCCGAUGGGAAGAGCUUAACGUUCACUUCGGAUUAUGCGGGAAUUUCGGCUGAGCCAAUCUCGAACCCGCACCACUACCAGCCGUAUGGUGAAAUAUUCACCGUUAGAUUGGAUGGUUCCGGGAUCAAGAGGUUGACUCAUAACUCGUAUGAGGAUGGAACACCUGCUUGGUCCCCCAAGUAUAUGCCGCCGGUGAAUGUGCCAAAGGGAGGACCCUAUUGCUCUUUUGAUGAUUGUCAUUGGCUCAACAAUAUGCCCAUUUCUACUGCUUUCGGUGUGUCUAAGGCUAAGCCUCAGUGUGCUGCUCUGUAAUCAUUUUCUAUGAUACUACGUCGCUAAAUGUGUGUUUAAUAGGUCUCCAGAGACAGAGGACAUAGGUUCAGAAUUUGAUUGACUUACAAUAUUAUGUAAGGCAAUAUAUAAAUAAAAGGGUGAGUUCAAAUGUCCAA